ACGUGUAUAUAUGAUAUACAUGUAUGUAUAUAAAAUGGGAUUAUUGAGUUGAAUUGUUAAACUCAUUAAGUCCAAUUAAGUUUAAUAAUUCCGGGUGUCGCACCGGUGUUUCUUUCGAGUGUUGGCCGCUAGCACCGCCGAUUUCGAAGACUCGUCGACAAAGUCGGUGUGGAUACCGGUAGAGGCGUCACGCGUGGGACGCUCGGUCGACAAUUUUAAAUAUUCCAGACAGCUCAGCUCCCACUCUCUUCUCUGCAGUUCCCUAUCUUCCUCUGCCGUCCGUCCGUCCGUCUUCGCCGCCCCAAUAGCCUUCUCUCCGGCGACUGACUGCCAUCGCCGGUCGCCACCACCCUCCUCUGCGGUGCUCCCCUAAUGGCAGCUCAAUGCAACUCUCCUUGAAGAAACCCCUCAAACUCCCCACAUCCCUCAUCCACCAUUUCCAAUUCAUUCCAAUCUUCCACGCUGCUCGUCAUGCCGUCGACGCCGCCGAGCUUCCGCCUGUCGAUCAGGGAUGGCGAGCCGGACCACAAGGACGGCCGCCGGAAGGGCAAGUGCGAGUGCCUGGUAGUUGCCCUGUGUCCCUGCCUGUUCUGCCUCAUCCUCCUCUUCAUCGUCCUCUCCAUUUUCCUAACCCUAAAGUUCCACAUUUUCUGCCACACUCCUCUCGGCUCUGUAAUCUACAAGAAGAAAUGCUAAGUCUUUACUCCGGACGCCGGGGCUUUGCCGCCGUCACCGGCGACGGAGAGUCCGAAUCCGACGAUGACGCUGAUGGGGAGGGUUCUGACGGCGCCGAGAACGGACGCGUGGGCUCGGGGUUCGCAGUGGAUCCGAGAGAGGUUGAGAAUGUAUGCAAGGUGAUCGAUGGAUUGUUCGAGUUGGACCGCAACAUGGAAGCGGUCCUCGACGAGUCCGGGAUUGAGCUGACCCAUGAUCUCGUCCUUGCGGUGCUGGACAGGUUCCGCCACGCGAGGAAACCAGCCCUCCGGUUCUUCACCUGGGCGGGGAGAAAGCCAGGCUUCACCCAUGACUCGAGAACCUACAACAGGAUGAUGGAAAUUCUUGGGACGACGAGGCAGUUCGAGACUAUGGUGGCAAUGCUUGAGGAAAUGGGCGAGCAGCGUCUCUUGACGAUGGAAACUUUUAGCAUCGCGAUUCGUGCUUUUGCAGCUGCGAAGGAGAGGAAGAAGGCUACUGGGAUAUUUGAUCUGAUGAAGAAGCAUAAGUACAGAGUUGGGGCAGAGACGAUCAAUUGCCUGCUCGAUGCUCUCGGGCGAGCAAAGCUUGGGAAGGAGGCGAAUGCCUUGUUCGCGAAGUUGAAGGAGAGGUUUACCCCCGAUCUGAGGACUUAUACUGUUCUGCUUAAUGGGUGGUGCAGGGUAAAGAAUCUCUUGGAGGCAGGUCGGGUUUGGAAUGAGAUGAUCGAUAAGGGAUUUAAGCCGGAUAUCAUUGCUCACAAUGUCAUGCUGGAGGGGCUGCUAAAAAGCAAGAAGAGAUCGGACGCCAUCAAGCUCUUCGAGGUCAUGAAGGCAAAGGGCCCACACCCAAACGUCCGGAGCUACACGAUUCUGAUCCGAGAUUUGUGUAAGCAGGGGAAGAUGAAAGAGGCAGUGGAGUAUUUUGAUGAGAUGGUCCAGUCGGGCUGUAAACCUGAUGUGGCCGUCUACACCUGUUUGAUCACCGGGUUUGGUAAUCAGAAGCAGAUGGACAUUGUUUACAGGCUGCUGAAGGAGAUGAGGGAGAUGGACUGCCCGCCCGAUGGGAAGACUUACAAUGCUUUGAUCAAAUUGGUAACGAAUCGGAGAAUGCCUGAAGAGGCAGUUCGAAUCUACAAGACAAUGAUUAAUAGCAGGAUUGAGCCGAGUAUUCAUACUUACAACAUGAUGAUGAAAUCAUACUUCCAAACUAGGGACUACGAGAUGGGCCAGGCAGUUUGGGAUGAGAUGGCCCGAAAGGGGUGCUGCCCCGAUGAUAACUCGUAUACGGUCUUCAUUGGAGGGCUCAUAAGCUAUGGGAAGUCGGAAGAUGCCUGCAACUACCUUGAGGAGAUGAUCGAGAAGGGGAUGAAAGCCCCUCAGAUCGAUUACAAUAAGUUUGCAGCUGAUUUCUCUAGAGCUGGGAAGCCUGACAUCCUCGAGGAGUUGGCAAAGAAGAUGAAGUUCACAGGCAAAUUUGAGGUCGCGAAUGUGUUUGCACGGUGGGGCGAGAUGAUGAGGAAACGGGUCAAGAGGAGAGAUCCUGUCAAGAAUCGAUCCUAGCGGGCACGUGAUUACGGUUCUGAACUCGGGCGCUGGAGAAUUAACAAUGUUGUAGAGGAACAGGAGGCUUUGUAAUCGUGUUGUUUCUGCUGUACAUCUUUUUACUUUCAUUCUUGAUCUAUGGCUUUCCUCACAAAGAGUCCCUUUUUUUUCCAAUUGUUUUUUUCCCUUUAUUUUCCUUUUUUUUAAUUGUACUGUUUGUAAUUUUUAUUAUGAAAUUUAUAAAUGGUAACUAGGAUUUGUCUGUUGAGCU